AUGAAUAAAAUCAAUUCUCCGGUUCGGCAAUUUCCGGAUUCUCCGCCUCAGGCGCCUCAGCAAUCUCGGGAAUCGUCGCCGGGAACGUCGUCGGCCGAAUCAAUCGUGAUUCCGUGGAUCGUGGGCUCCACGAGUCGGGUCUCGGCUCCGGUGACCACGACGGUGGGCGUGUCGGAUCGUCAGUCAACAACGCCUUCUCCAUAUACUUCAUAG